AUGUUCGAACAACCUGUAGCACUGACGACUAGGAGAUUGAGAAAUGCCAAAAAACUUCGUUAUCAAUAUGUUAACAACCUUUCUGCAAAAUUCAAUCGACUGGAGAGAAUAACAAAUACUAAUGGGCUACCGACACCUGAAAACUCUGCUGCUGAAAGUAGCGAGAAUGAAGAAGCCUUACAAAGGAAGAAAAAACGGAUACGAAGAAGAUUGAAAAGUGCUGCUGGUGAAAGUUAUAGCGACUCGGAAUCUGACGAAGUGGAUAACAACCAUGACAAUGAAGUUGUCGAGGAUGAAGAGGAAGAUCAAGAACGGAAAUUUCUCAAUAAUUAUGAGCUGCCACAAGAAAGCUUUGAGAAAUGGCAAGAUGAUCCUAGUAAAAGAGUCCCGAUUCAAAGAAGUAAGAUAUCUUUCACAAAAUAUCAAAGGCUGCGAAGACACGCAAAACGAAAGAUGAACACUUCGAUCGAUCUCGCAUCAAAACGGAAUAAAAUAUACAUGGACACUAUUAGUGAAGGUUUUGAAAUGGUCGACCCGGUAGACGGGAAGCCCGACACCUUCCAAAUGAAGCAUAUUAGCAUAUUAACAACACUUCUGCAUUUACACGUAUCCCGUCGAGAAUGGGAUGCUGCCUAUACCUGCUUUGCCCUGUUGAUUAGAGUACCAAAAGUCGAUAUCAGAAAUAUUUGGGGCAUAGGAGAUUUGAUCUUACGUGAAAGAGAGCCCAUAAAAUCACUGGAAUUCCUCUCAUGGAUGAGCAGUGUUUAUUCGUCAAGAUCAGCUUUCGCCGAAGACGUGAAUCACAGAACACCCCCCGUUUUCACCAAGGGUUCCAAGACACAUGUACCCAAGUUUGCUACUACAUGGAUGUGGGAAUCACUCAUACAGUGUACCAAGAACUCUCUGGAAACUGGAGAAUUAGAACAAAUUGAAAGUAAUGAUGGAUUACAAGACCUAAUCGAAAGGAUAUCGGAGAUGGUUUUGGCUCCACCAUACAUGGACGCAUCCGAAGUUUGGUUCAUCUAUGGCUUAUGCCACUUAAUCAAGGCAGAUAUUUUAUCAAAUCAAUUUGAUGGCCGUUUAGCCGGUUCGGCUAGAGAUAUUGCCAGUAACCAAGUCAUUCAACAUAUUCAAAGAACGAAGAGCUGCCUGCAGACUUGCUUAUCAAAGGGUGAUUUCAAAUACCCCAAAAGAUAUAUUGAAAGGCAACUCGAGGAGUUUGAAAAAAGAUUAGAUAGGCAAGAAGAUACACCAGACGACUCUGACCACGAAGUUGAGUCACUGCAUGACAAAUUAGACACACAAAGCAUAGAAUCAGACGACGACAGUAGUUAA